UGGUAUUCUGCAAAAUCUCCCAAUUUCGCUGCACAAGGAAAGCGUGUGUAAUCGACACAAUAUCUCGUCACACGUGUCAAUCUACUGUCAGUUCCUUCGCGUGCAUUCUUUUUUAUAUCCCCUUCCUCCUCCCCCUUUUUUUCUUUUCUCUCGUCUGUCGUCUCUCACUUGCAAGUGAAUGGAACAUUCGGAGGACGAGCAACUCGAGCGAGUCGACUCACUUCCUGACACGGAGCUAGCAUCAACCAGCUCUGGCUUGUCGUCAAUACUUAGCACUGAAGAUACUCAAAGUGCUAAUAGCUCUGGGGACAUCUCUACCAUUAGCGGGAGCUCCGGUGAGAUUCCAGCCGCGGUGGUGGCGGAUGCGGUUGUGAUGAGGGACAUGGAGCCUGGAAAGGAUGGGGAGCUAAUCGCGGCGAUGGUUAGAGACAGGUGUGUGGGGAGGAAUAAUCGAGGAGUGAGCUGGGGGUUCACGUCGGUGAUUGGGAGAAGGCGGGAGAUGGAGGAUGCCGUUGCCGUUAUACCGGGAUUUAUGUCACGCACGUGCGAUCACGUGGGCGGAUGUACGGCUCCUGGUUCCAGAACUUCGGCCGAGAUCUCGCCAAUCCAUUUCUUCGGCGUCUAUGAUGGUCAUGGUGGCUCCCAGGUGGCUAAUUAUUGUAAAAGGAGAAUGCAUGAAGUUGUAGCAGAGGAAUUAGAUCGGGAAACAAUUAAUGGGUAUGAAUGGCAGAGAAGGUGGGAAGCUGCUUUUUCCAGUGGUUUUGAGAGGGCAGACAAUGAGGUCUUGACAGAGGCACCAGAAAUGGUCGGAUCCACAGCAGUAGUGGUGGUUUUAUCCGGUUGCCAGAUUAUCACAUCAAACUGUGGUGACUCAAGGGCGGUGCUCUGUCGUGGGACUCGGACUAUUGCCUUAACUGUCGACCAGAAGCCAGAUAGACAAGACGAACUCACGAGAAUUGAAGAAGGGGGAGGGAAAGUCAUAAACUGGAACGGUGCGAGGGUAUUGGGGGUCCUUGCUAUGUCCCGAGCAAUAGGUGAUCGGUAUUUAAGACCAUGGAUAAUUCCAGUGCCUGAGAUCACUUUCAUGACAAGGACUGAUGAGGAUGAAUGCUUGAUUUUGGCAAGUGACGGUCUGUGGGAUGUAAUGACAAAUGAAGAAGUAGGGGACGUGGCUCGCCGACUCUUAAGAAGGUGGCGCAGAACAAUGGUGUCCGAUGAAAUUUCUCCGGCACAAGCUGUGGCUGAUAACCUCACUGAAAUAGCUUACAGCAAAAACAGCUAUGACAACAUAUCUAUCGUGGUUGUUGAUCUAAAACCACAGAGAAAGCGCCAGGUGAAGCAGUGAAUUAAAAAGGGGAGUCGUAAGUCAUUAUUUUGUUCUUCCUCUCCUGUUCGUUUUCCCUGAAAUAUCCAAUUGUCUCUCAUCCUUUUUAAAUCAGAGAUGAUAAAUGCAGGGAUGAAACACUUCUUAUGUGACUCAGAUAGACAGCUACAAGCAGCUACUACCUCUGACCAUUGGCUACUGGCAAGCAAACUGCUGCUUUAUAACAGCCAAAAUCUGUUGUUAUUUGCAAGUAAAGCUAAAUGAAUCCUUGCUUGCAAAUGGUCUAGAUUUUUUUUUUUCUAACUUGAUAAAAGGGAAAAAAAGUUUGUUUCAUAAUAUAUAUGGAAAUAAAGAAAUUAGGGGUAAAAAAUGGAAAGGAAGAUUAUUGUUAUUUUAUUUUUUAAUUUUUCCUUGGUACAAAUAUAUUUAAUUAUUUCAUUUUCCCCCUUA